UUUCAAAGUUUUACUUUCGGUGAUUCAAAUCAAUAUGACUAAUAGUGAUAAGUCUACAUCGUCGUCGGCAUCUAAAGUUAUGCGUCCAGGACAUAUAAUCGACAAAUGGAGAAUUAAAGCACUUUUGGGCAAAGGUGCGUGCGGUGUCGUGUACAAGGUGGAGGACAAGAACCGUAAAGGGUAUUGUGCAGCGAUGAAGGUCGAGUACGACUCGGAAGAAUUCGAUCGAACACUGCAACUCGAGGUGAAUGUGCUGAGCAAGUUGACGGAUUCACGAGAUGUCCUGAAGCUUAUCGACUAUGGGAAGAGGAAGCUUUACAGAUACAUGGUGACCACCCUCUGCGGAAAGGAUUUGAUGGCACUUCGCAUGAAGAUUCAGCGAGGCUUCAACGACGCCACGGCCAUGCGUGUCGCAGUGUUCACGUUGUACGGCUUGAAGCAACUACAUGAAGCUGGAUAUGUGCAUCGAGACGUCAAGCCGGGGAACAUAAUGACCGCGGCCAACAAGGGAAGAGAUGCUCGAGUCAUGUUACUCAUCGAUUUCGGGAUGGCUCGGACAUUUGUGAUGGCUGGUGACGAUGGCAAGAAGAAGCUUCGCCCGAUGAGAAGACGCAUUCCGUUGAGAGGAACGAUUCGAUAUUGUUCGAUGAAUGUCCACGAGCGGAAGGAGCAAGGACGAUGUGAUGAUCUCGUGGCAAUGAUCUACAGCAUCGUGUAUCUGACUCUCGGGCUUCCCUGGUCGAAUUUGAAGGAUGAAAAGGAAAUUAUGUCAAUGAAGAAGUCGACAAAGGACCUUGCACUGUUUGAGGAUCUCCCCGACGAGCUCAAAUCAAUCUUCGAGUACCUGAGAACUCUGAGCUACGCAGAUCGCCCGAACUAUGAGAAGAUUUAUAAUCUGCUGAUGGCGGCUAUCACCAGACUGAAGAUCAACUUUCUGGAUCCAUAUGAAUGGGAAGACGACGAGAUGGAAAGAAUGGCAAAAGCUGAGAAAGAGGAAAAAGAGAAGGAAGAGAAGGAGAAAAAGGAAAAGGAAAAUAAGGAGAAUGAGUUGUCUGCCGAUUCGAUGAAAACUGCGAUUCCAGCAAAGUCAGCGAAAGCCGAGUCGGAAGUUGCUGGAGAGGUUGAUGAGCAGAAGAAGGUGAAGGAUAACAGUUCCGGUGAACAGCAGCAGGAUACGUUGAAUGUGGAUAAGGGCAACAAGUUGAUCAGUGCAAAAGAUAUGGCUAGCAGUCGUUCGGAGGUUAACGAAAACUCGCAGUAUGGGACUCCGGCGAAAGCGGGAAAUUCUGUUACGGGAGAUUCAAUCGACAUGGAAACUGCCAUUGAAUGCGAUCAAAUGGAAUACAACUCGAAGAAGGCGUUGCCAAGAGACGAGCUUCAAUUCGUCGUAUAUCCGGCAAUUGCUCCUCGAAACUUCACCGAAGUCAAAAUUCCCUUCUGAUGCGACUUGAAAUCAUUCUCCCGAAGAAUUCUCACUACUUUAAUGACAAUAAAUGUUUUUUGUGAGGGGAAAA